AUGUCUCAUGUCAUGUGCAUACAGGAGGAAGAUACCAAGUCAGGCUACAAUUCCUGCAGCCCAUGGAAAACUAAACAGAAAGGUGGUUUCACAGCUACCUUCUUCAUUUAUGCGUUGGUGGCAUUGGACAACAUGGGUUUUGUGGCGAACAUGGUGAGCAUGGUCCUGUACUUCAUUUACAAGAUGCACUUUGAUCUAUCUGGCUCAGCCAACACCCUGACAAACCUCAUGGGUUCAACUUUCUUGCUCUCUAUUGUUGGUGCCUUCAUAUCAGACACUUUCUUGAACAGACUCCAUACUUGUCUCAUUUUCGGAUUUGUUGAAGUUCUGGGUUUGUUGAUGAUGACAAUUCAAGCUCAUUACCCUAGCUUGCAACCACAUGCCUGUGGGAAUAAGUCAAGUUGUGUAAAAGGUGGUAUAGCAGUCAUGUUCUAUGCCUCUCUAUCUUUAGUUGCAUUGGGCAGUGGUGGGGUUAGGGGUGCUCUAGCACCCCUUGGUGCUGACCAGUUCAACCAGAAAGACCCAAAAGAAGCCAAAGCUCUAGCCAGCUACUUCAACUGGCUUUUGCUUAGCACUACUUUGGGUGCAUCCGUUGGAGUCACGGUGAUCGUUUGGGUCAGCACCAACAGAGGUUGGUGGUUGGGUUUUCUAAUAUCUUCGAUUUCUACAUCCAUGGGUUUUGUUUUUCUUGCACUUGGAAGCCCUUUCUACCGCAUCCAACCACCCGGGGACAGCCCCAUCACAAGAAUUGCACAGGUUAUAGUUGUGGCAGUUAAAAAUCGAAGGUUAUCAGUACCAGAGAAUCCUGGUGAAUUAUAUGAGAUCAAUGAAAAGGAAUUAGUUUCUACGGAGGACAAGAUUGCACACACCAAGCAAUUUAGGUGCCUCGACAAAGCUGCAAUUCUUGACAAUGGCUCUUCACCCUCACCAUGGACAGUAUGCACAGUGACCCAAGUUGAAGAAGUGAAGAUUCUAACAAGAAUGUUACCCAUAAUAGCCAGCACAAUCCUAAUGAACACCUGUUUGGCACAACUCCAAACAUUCUCUGUCCAACAAAGCAGCAUAAUGGAUCGUUACUUAGGCUCAUUUGAAGUCCCAGCACCAUCAGUCCCAGUAAUCCCACUAAUCAUCAUGUCCAUUCUCCUUCCCAUCUACGAAUUUCUCUUCGUCCCCUUCGCUAGAAAAAUCACUAAACACCCAUCAGGGAUCACCCAGCUCCAACGCGUUGGAGUCGGCCUUGUUCUCUCCAUAAUUUCCAUGGUCAUCGCAGGCGUUGUAGAGGUGAAAAGAAGGAAUCAAUCCAUCAAAACACCAUUGAAGCCCAUCAGUCUGUUUUGGCUCACAUUUCAGUUCUCCAUUUUUGGGAUCGCCGACAUGUUUACGAUGGUGGGAUUGCUGGAAUUCUUCUAUAGAGAAGCGCCUGCGGGAAUGAAAUCGCUAUCUACUUCAUUUACUUGGAUUUCACUCUCGUUUGGCUAUUUUCUCAGCACUGUGUUCGUGGAUAUUAUUAACUUGGUGACCAAGAAAAUUGCGCCGAGUAGACAUGGGUGGUUGUAUGGACAGGACUUGGAUAAGAACAAUUUGAAUCUGUUCUAUUGGUUCUUGGCUGUGCUUAGCUGCAUCAACUUUGGGAACUAUCUGUUUUGGUCCUGGUGGUAUAGGUACAAGAAAGAAGAUACUUCAAAUUUAGGGAAUAGUUUGCAAGAUGUUGAACCUAAGAAGAUCAAUGGAGACUCCUCCCUUACAAAAAAAGAGGGUGCUAAUGAAGAUGAUACUUCAAGGUUAGGGACUGGUUUGCAAGAUGAUGAACCUAAGAAGAUCAAUGGAGACUCCUCUCUUGCAGAAAAAGAGGGUGCUAAAGAAGAAGAUACUUCUAAGUUAGGUACUGUUUUGCAAGAUAGUGAACCCAAGACAACAAUGGAGACUCCUCUCUUGAAGAAAAAAAAGAGGGUGCUGAAGAUCAAGACCAAGACCAGCAAGUGGGUGAGGCCAAAACAGAUAAAUAAGAAAAGAUAG